UAUUAUCUUAAACCUUGGUAUGAUUUUAUAGUUUUCAGUCAGUAUCAGAAAGCUCGAAUUACGUUCGUGCAAACUGUGGCAGACCUAGCUUCCAGGCCACAUAACGUCGAAUGUCUGGAACGUGCCGGUGCCCUGGACCUGCUGAAACCACUUUUGUCAGAUGUGAUGCCUUCUGUUCAGCACACCGCUGCAGUUGCCCUGGGCAGACUUGCCAAUCAUGACAGUAAAAUGGCACAGGCAGUAAUACGGAGGAACGUCAUCCCGAAGCUCUUGAAAGGCAUUGAGAAACAAAAUAAGUUUUACAAGAAAGCUGCCCUGUUCGUUCUACGUGCCUUAGCGAAGCACUCGCCAGAAAUGGCAGGAAUUGUUGUACAAAGUGGUGGGUUGGAGGCAACGGUUACUUGCUUGGAAGACUUUGAUCCCGGAGUUAAGGAAGCUGCUGCUUGGGCUCUCGGAUAUAUUGCCAGAGACAACAAGGAUUUAGCUCAAACCAUCGUUAACGUUGGUGCCGUACCUCUUUUGGUUCUUUGCCUACAAGAACCUGAGCUAUACCUGAAACAAAUCAGUGCGUCGGCACUCUGUGAUAUCAGUAAACAUUCAAUCGAACUGGCCCAAACAGUGGUCGAUGCUGGAGCCAUCCCUUUCUUAGUCAAGGCCAUUUCCAAUUCCGACCCGAAGCUGAAGCGGCAAGCCUUCACGGCUCUGGGAAGCAUAGCAAAGCAUUCUAUAGAAUUGGCAGAGAUACUCGUCGAGGCAGAAAUUUUUCCAGAUGUUCUGCUACACAUGGCCCACCCUGAUGAGCUCGUGAAUCGUGCCGCUGCCAUCCUCACUAGAGAGAUUUGCAAACACACUCUUGAACUGGCCCAACUCGUCGUGAACACAGGUGGGAUUGGUGCUCUUCUGAAGCUUAUUCAAGUAUCGAACAGCUCGACGCGUUUACCCGCUAUCAUAGCUCUUGGAUAUAUUGCAGGCCAUUCCGAUCAGUUGGCCACGGCUGUUAUCGGAUCCGAAGGUGUUACACAGUUAGCACUGGUCCUACAAGAUGAGACGGAAGACCAUAUGCGUGCUGUAACAGCCUGGGCUAUCGGACAAAUUGGCAAACAUACUUCGGAGCAUGCCAAAGCGAUUGCUCUUGCCAAUAUCUUCCCAGUCUUGUUAAAGAUGUACAGUGAUCCGAGGAGUUCAGAGGAUCUGAAGGCGAAGUGUAAGGCCACAUUGAAGCAAGUUAUGCAAAAGUGCAUGCACAUUGAAGCUUUAGAGCCUCUGUUGCAGGAUGCACCACCAAAUAUUCUCAAGUAUAUAUUGGGACAGUUUAGUAAGAUCUUGCCAAAUGUCCCAAGAGCGCGUCGCCUCUUUGUGACCACUGGGGGACUAAAGAAAGUUCAAGAACUCGAAGCUGAACCUGGAUCAGCUCUUCACGAGUAUAUUACGAUCAUCAACUGUUGCUUCCCUGAGGAAAUCGUCAGAUAUUAUUCUCCUGGAUAUCCAGAUACUCUUUUGGAUAUCGUGGAGCAAUACCAACCCAAGUGUGCAUCACUUUUGGCAAUAGAUCAUAAAGUGUCUGACCUCAUGGACUCUUGUUCAUCAUUCAGUUAUCCUGAGGAGUAAAAAUAAAGCAAAACGUUGUUCGACCAGUAGAUGUGCUAUUAUGUCUUACGAAACGAAAUCAAAGAAACGUAUAUACUUCCUUGCAUUCGAAAUUCUGUGGUUUAGUUCCACAACUCUUGUUAACCGAAGUUUAACUGGUUUAAACGAGAUUUAAACUUGUGUAAAUCAUUUAAACUCCGGUUAAUUAGGAUUGUGGAACCGGACUUAUUUAUUUCAUACCAGAUUGCAUUGGGGUAAU